GGACCAAUCAGAGGGUUCUCCGCUCUCUGCCCAUAUGGCUCUUCGUGCUUCCUUCGUAAUCGUUACAGCUGUGUCUUUUAGUUUGAGAUACACAGACUGCUGUCGGGAGCUGAGAGAGAGAUCCACACAUGGCAACUCGCACGAGACCAAGCAGCAAGCGUUGUGCUGUCAUCGGAGGAUCUGGAUUUUUGGGCAGGCACCUCCUGGAGCGUCUAGUGGACCGAGGAUACACAGUGAAUGUGUUUGAUAUCAGACAGGCCUAUGAGCUCCCAGGAGUGACGUUUCACCGAGGGGACUUGUGUGACAGACAGGCCUUGCUGGUGGCUUUGAAAGAAGUGUCUAUAGUGUUUCACUGUGCUUCACCUGCUCCAGCCAGCGAUGACCGCGCUCUGUUUCAGAGGGUUAAUAUUGACGGGACACGGACUGUCAUACAGGCCUGUCAUGAGGCAGGAGUACAGAAACUAAUACUGACCAGCAGCGCUAGUGUGGUGUUUGAAGGAACCGACAUCAAGAAUGGGAGAGAGGAUCUGCCUUAUGCAAAAAAGCCAAUUGAUUAUUAUACAGAGACCAAAAUUCAACAGGAAAAGUUGGUGCUGGAGGCCUGCAGUAAAGAGAAGGGUUUCCUCACUGUCGCUAUUCGUCCUCAUGGCAUCUUUGGCCCCCGGGACCCUCAGUUAGUGCCCAUCCUGAUAGAUGCAGCCCGCAGAGGAAAGAUGAAGUUCAUCAUCGGAGAUGGAUCCAAUCUUGUGGACUUCACCUAUGUGGAGAAUGUAGUCCAUGGGCAUAUUUUAGCAGCUGAACACCUGAAGGCUGAUUCUCCGCUCUGCGGUCAGGCUUACCACAUAACCAACGAUGAGCCGGUGCGUUUCUGGGACUUCAUGUCUCAGAUUCUGGAGGGUCUGGGCUACAGUGCUCCGCGAUACCACCUGCCCUACACACUGGUCUAUGGGAUAGCCCUGCUGCUGUGGCUGAUCGCUUUGGUACUGCGGCCUCUGAUCCGGAUCAAACCCACCUUCUCCCCUAUGAGAGUAGCUCUGGCUGGCACCCACCACUACUACAGCUGCGCUCGUGCCAAGAAGGACAUGGGUUACCAGCCGCUGGUGCCUUUACGAGAGGCAAUAGUGCGCACUGUGGAGAGCUACCCACAUCUACGGAAGGGAGCGUAACGCCACAGCGAAGCUGGAGGGUGAUUGACAAAUUACUGUUUGCUGAACUGCAAUAUGAGCUUUGGAUGUAUCUGUUGGAUUACCAAUGUUUACUAGGCUAUAUUCACAAUGCACUUAAUCAUUCCUAUUCUGAAUGUGCCUUUUAACCAGGAUGUGACCGCAUGCAGUUCAACAGUGAUGGUGAAUUCAGAUGGCAAAUGUGAACAUUUGUCUCUUUCUGCUUUGGUCCAAAAGAAUUCAGAGUUUAUGUAACAGCUAUUCAGUUUUUCGUAUAAAUUUCAAAUCAAGUUUGUGUCAUGUUCUUUUUUUGGAUACCUAAAAUAAAAUGGCAUUUGCUUCCAAUUUUA